AAAAAUUAAUCUUCACUAUGCACACUGCACUGCACAAUUCACUUUAUUAAAAUUCUACUAACACACUGCUGAUUAUAUACUUUUUCAUUUCAUUGACUUCUACAUCCAUUCGGCUUCGUGACACUUCGUGUCGGUUUGUCCGAUUACUCGAACAGUUUGUCAAUAAAAAUGCUAUAUGAUGAGUAGAGAAACUUAUUUCGAAAAGUUUAAGUGAAAAAGUGAAGUGAAAAAAAACAUGCCUCCUAAAACUAGUGGAAAAGCAGCGAAAAAGGCUGGUAAAGCCCAAAAGAAUAUUACUAAAAAUGACAAGAAGAAGAAGCGCAAGAGGAAGGAAAGUUAUGCUAUUUACAUUUAUAAAGUGUUGAAACAAGUACAUCCAGAUACGGGUAUUUCGUCAAAAGCCAUGAGUAUCAUGAACAGUUUUGUAAAUGAUAUUUUUGAGCGUAUCGCUGCCGAAGCAUCGCGUUUAGCUCACUACAACAAACGUUCAACUAUCACUAGUCGCGAAAUCCAAACUGCUGUUCGUUUACUUUUGCCUGGUGAAUUAGCUAAACAUGCUGUGAGCGAAGGUACCAAAGCUGUCACUAAAUACACAAGUUCCAAGUAAUUUGUUCAAAUGAUUUUUAUAACGACUAGCAAAAAGGCCCUUUUCAGGG